AUGAACAUUGAAGGACCGAAAUCUACCACUGAUGCACUUUCUGCAGGCUCAAAUGAAAUUUCUCUGAAGAAGACACGACAACUAUGUACGAUUUGUGUUGGAACUUUUGGAAAGCCAAUUCAUACGGCCAAAUCUAAGAAGCUGGAAGCCUACAGGUACUCUUUACCACUGAGGGUGGAGGAUUCUGUAGAAGAGCUGCGAAAGAUUCUUCGACUCACUGGAUGGCCGAAUAUUCUUCUCGGUGUAUUGAACGAUUCGCUCUCUGGAGGACCUGGCAGGCCAUCUACUGAAGUUCAGCUCAUUCUCUCGUGA